CACUUUCGGAUUCUUUGUCACGUAUGAGGAAACAAUCCACGGAGCUGUGAACUGCCGACCUUGUUUCGGAAAAUAUUAAAACCUGUAACAAUAUAAAGUUGCAUUAUAAUCUAAUCUUCUGGUAGAAUCAUAAUGGCUCUUGUUGAAGUUAGUGGUUUGAAACCUUUUUCUGAAACCAGUGGGCAGAUUUUCGGAACCAGACAAACGCAUCUCGUCGACCGAACUAAUCAUUACAGUUUUGGAACCUCAGCUCAGGAAUUUGCUGUUCCUGUGGGAGAAGAGCCCUCUGGGUUUCUGACCUCCUGCAACAAGGAGGGAGGGGUGAAUAUUGAGAUGAACCACGGAACCACCACCCUGGCCUUCAAGUUCAGGCAUGGAGUCAUCGUGGCCGUGGACUCCAGAGCUUCAGCCGGACGAUACCUGGCAUCCAAUGAUGUCAACAAGGUGAUAGAGAUCAACCCCUAUCUAUUGGGCACCAUGUCAGGCAGUGCAGCAGACUGCCUGUACUGGGAGAGACUCCUUGCCAAAGAAUGCAGGUUGUACAGACUGAGGAACAACCAUCGUAUUUCUGUGGCUGCUGCUUCUAAGCUUUUAUGUAACAUGAUGCUGGGUUACAAGGGCAUGGGCCUUUCUGUGGGGAGCAUGAUCUGUGGAUGGGACAAGGAGGGCCCUGGUCUGUACUAUGUGGAUGAAAAUGGGACCCGUCUGUCUGGCCGGAUGUUCUCUACUGGGUGUGGAAACAGCUACGCCUAUGGAGUGGUGGACAGCGGUUACAGAGAAGACAUGACAGUGGAGGAGGCGUAUGAACUCGGCCGUCGAGGCAUCGCUCAUGCUACUCACAGGGAUGCUUACUCUGGUGGAGUGGUGAACAUGUACCACAUGCAGGAGGAUGGCUGGAUAAAAGUAUGUAAGGAGGACGUCUCAGAACUGAUCCACCGUUACAGAAAGGGAAUGUUCUGACUUAACUGCUCAGAGUCCAGACAAACCUCAACAGUCUUUUUUCCAUCAAUGUGUCACUAACAUGAGGGAUGUUGAUUUUUUUUUUUUUUGAGAUUAUGUAUACUGUACCUAAAAGUAAACUUUUUACAUUCAUACAUAAUUCUGAAGUAGUCUGCACAGUGGCGCAGUUGGUAGAGCUGUUGCCUUGCAGCAAGAAGGUCCUGGGUUCGAUUCGCGGCCCGGGAUCUUUCUGCAUGGAGUUUGCAUGUUCUCCCUGUGCAUGGUGGGUUCUCUCCGGGUUCUCCAGCUUCCUCCCACAGUCCAAAAACAUGACUGUCAGGUUAAUUGGUCUCUCUAAAUUCUCCCUAGGCGUGAGUGUGUGUGUACAUGGUUGUUUGUCCUGUAUGUCUCUGUGUUGCCUCUCGCCCGGGACGUUCGCUGAAGAUCGGCACCAGCACCUCCCAACCCCACCAGGGACGAGGGUGUUAGAAAAUGGAUGGAUGGAUGGACAUAGUUCAGAAAAGCUGUUUUACUAGAAACAAAAUUGUUCAAAUAACUCCCAACAAAUGAACACAACCAACAUCAUUCUAAAUAAAGAUUGUUAUUAUUAAAGUGA